AUGCACAAGCUGUAUAUUGGGAAUCUAUGCGAAAGCGUAACUGCCGAGGACUUAGGAAAAACCUUUGAAGACGAAAAGAUUCCGUUCUCCGGACAGUUUCUCAUGAAAACCGGCUAUGCAUUUGUGGAUUGUCCGGAUGAUCAGUGGGCCAUGAAGGCCAUCGAGACGUUAUCUGGUAAAGUGGAGCUUCAUGGGAAACGUAUUGAGGUCGAGCACUCCGUCCCCAAGAAGCAAAGGACCAGGAAACUGCAGAUCAGAAACAUCCCACCUCACCUGCAGUGGGAGGUGUUGGAUGGUCUGUUGGCUCAGUGUGGAACCGUAGAGAACUGUGAACAAGUGAACACGGACAGUGAGACUGCAGUAGUGAACGUCACAUAUGCAUCCAGGGAGCACGCCAGACAAGCGAUCCAGAAGCUGAACGGUUAUCAGUUUGAGAACAACGCCCUGCGAGUGUCCUACAUCCCUGACGAGAACUCAGAGAUGGAGGGAGGCCAGCGAGGGCCUGAUAACGGCCGGCGCCCAGGGUACGGUUCCCGAGGUGGCCCCCGCGGAGGCUCCCCAAGCUCCGGGAUGCCUCCCAAACCCCCGCACGCCGACAUCCCUCUUAGACUGCUGGUGCCAACACAGUAUGUCGGAGCCAUCAUCGGGAAGGAGGGUGCCACCAUCAGGAACAUCACCAAACAGACGCAGAGCAAGAUCGACGUUCAUCGUAAGGAGAAUGCAGGCGCUGCAGAGAAGCCAAUCAGCAUCCACUCCACCCCUGAGGGCUGCUCUGCUGCCUGCCGCAUGAUCCUGGAUAUCAUGCACCAGGAGGCCAAAGACACCAAGACUGCCGAUGAGGUUCCUCUGAAGAUUCUGGCUCACAACAACUUUGUUGGACGCCUGAUCGGGAAGGAGGGACGCAACCUGAAAAAAGUGGAACAGGACACAGACACCAAGAUCACCAUCUCACCUCUGCAGGACCUGACGCUGUACAACCCAGAGAGAACCAUCACUGUCAAAGGAUCCAUCGAGGCGUGCUGUCUGGCCGAGGUGGAGGUGAUGAAGAAGGUCAGAGAGGCGUACGAGAACGACAUCGCUGCAAUGAAUCAACAGACUCACCUGAUCCCCGGGUUAAACCUGGGAGCACUUGGUCUGUUCCCCUCCUCUGCCAACAUGCCGCCACCUCCACCUGGAAAUGCAUCUUCUGGCGCCCCCUACGGGUGCUUUGGGGCUCCAGAGCAGGAGACGGUCCAUGUUUACAUCCCAGCUCAGGCGGUGGGAGCCAUCAUCGGAAAGAAAGGACAGCACAUCAAACAGCUGAGCCGCUUUGCCGGGGCCUCCAUCAAGAUCGCCCCCGCUGAAAGUCCAGACAGUACAAUGAGGAUGGUGAUUGUGACCGGACCCCCUGAGGCUCAGUUUAAGGCUCAGGGCAGAAUCUACGGCAAACUGAAGGAGGAGAACUUCUUCGGGCCGAAGGAGGAGGUCAAACUGGAGACUCACAUCAAGAUGGCAGCAGCUGCUGCAGGAAGGGUCAUCGGCAAGGGUGGGAAGACGGUGAACGAGCUGCAGAACCUUACGGCAGCUGAGGUGGUCGUCCCACGAGAACAGACGCCUGAUGAAAACGACCAAGUCAUCGUCAAGAUCAACGGACAUUUCUACGCCAGCCAGUUGGCUCAGAGGAAGAUCCGGGACAUCCUGACCCAGGUCAAACAACCACAGAAAGGCGGGAUGGGCACGAGCCCCAGCUCAAACGCCGGGGGCUUCACAGAGAUGGGACUCAGUCAAGAGAACCAGCCUCGCAGGAAGUGAGGGUCCCAGUACCCUCUUCACAUGCUAUGGGGCAUGACGGACAGACACACAGACAGACACAUGCGCGGACGGAUUGACCAACGGACAGACGGAUACAGGAGAGCGACACACGGACCCAGCGGUAGACAGGGAGAGAUUUAAAGAGGGGGGAGUACGCCCGAUAGCCAGAGAGAGAGCGAUCGGCGAUUAGAGAGACAGAGAAGAAUAAAAUCAAAAAGAUGAAAUGAAUAAAAAAAGAGAUAAAAAGAGACACACCAGAUGCCAGGCCAGAAGAGAGACUGAUUGAGGAUGGAGGGAUGAAGGAAAGGAGGGAUGGUGAGAGGCAUGGGCGGUGUCCUCCUGGUGUGAGUGGGGCUGCAGCCCGACAGGUGUCAACAACACAGCCGAGCUUUCGCUCCGGUGAAGAAAGGAGUCUGUUGUUCACACCUGUCUUCGUGGGCUCACAUCGACCGGCUGAACAAAAACACUAGAGGGGCCCGUUUGUUCCUCCGUCGCCCCCGACAGACCUCUCCAGCCAUCUGCACUCAGUCCUAUAUUUUAAGGGUGGUUUUUUAAACAUAGAGAUAUAUGUAUAGAAAUGUUUUAUUCAGAGCUAUUAUUGAUAGAAAUGCAGUGAGGUGGAGCCGGGAGAGGGAGCAGGGAAACUGCUGCAGCGGCACAGGGGGGAAAGGUCACAGGUCAGGCUUUUAGCCUUUACCCACUCCUGACCCUCCUGGCCAAUGAAAGUCUAGUAGAGGGGCCGCAGAUGUUAACACUGCUCUUUAAAGACCCUUCCGAGUAGCGGAGGGGUCAGAAAAAGAAAAAAAGGAGAAAAUAUGAGGUUGUAAAUAUAAUCUUCAUGUAAAUGUUAAGAAAUGCUGUGUCUGACCGCCUUGCCUUUUUAUGAAGGGGUCUUCUGUUUAUCUCCCAGUCCCUUGUCUAUGACACGUAGCAUAAUGUAGCCUACACAGAGGCGGGGGCUGGGGAGGCACUGAGCUUCCCCUCCACGUUUAGCCGUGUGGUGGCAGACACAGCAAGAGACAGUUAGGAGAGCGAGGUCGCAGCUGGUCCUGCAGUUCUAUUGCAGGCGCUUAGCUAACACGAGUGAACCCUUUAUAAACUACAACUUUAUAAAACUGCCAGCAGCUAUGCUAGCUGGCUAGCGACCCGCACCUUAAAUGGCAUAUUUUAUAUAUAUAUAUAUAUAUGAUAUGUGAGUUAGCCCGGCCCCUCGGGUGAAUGUAUUGAAGGCAGCGAGUCAGGUGUGAGGUUUUGCUACACCUGUUGAAUGAGUCCUGCAAUGACAGACAGACAAGGUGUGUCUAAGACUUUCUGUUCAUUGCCUUCUCUCAGUGCCCGGACACUCGAGGCCAGUCUCCUCAGAGGUGCUGAGGUAUAAGAGACCGCUGUGCAUUAAAGUCAUCUUUGCUCCAGUAGGACAAACAUGGCCGCUGAGCCGUGUUAAUAGAAAAGGUUCUCAGACUGGCCUCGUUCGAGCGUGAGAACCAAAAAAAGCAAGUCUUCCAAAGCUCCUUGCCUUGAGCUCAGUGAAGGUAAAAUCAGACUGAAGGGGAGUGGCUUCCUCGUCUCUCUCCCAAUCUGCCAAAGGCCUGUGGGCGGAGCCUCCAGACCCCGCCUGCGUAUGAUAAUGAGGGCGGGUCUUUUGCCUGGACGCUCUCGCCAAGAUUAGAACAGAUUAGAGAAGUAAUGAAAAGGAAAAACCUACCUCAGGUAAAGUUACCUCAGUAUUCCUAACUUUUUUUUUGCUUGCUGGUGUUUAUAUAAGAAGAAAAAAGAAAAGAAGAGCUGAUAGUCCUGAAUAUUUUUUAUUUUUUUAAAGAAAAAGUAUUUUUUUUUAGGUAUUGUCUUGUUGCUUUGGUGAUUUUUUUCUGUUUUUUUUUAUUUUUAUUUGGUGUGUUGAUGGUUGAAUGAGCUCAGGAUGAUGAGUAGACAUAAGUGCUGGUCCAGAGAGGAAAUGGGUUGAGUUCCAUUUUGCCUUUUUUAGGUGAGGACAUGCUCUCUGUCUUCCUGAUGUGUGAUUGGAGCAGCUGUUGUCUAGAAUGGUUCAUUGGCCAUAGGGAGAGUGAAUUGGAUAGAGGGGGACUGAAGUGCACAUGGUGAUGAGGUGUAGAAUGGUGCACUCUUUACUAAGACACUGACUGCGGAUGUGUUAUAAAGGCCUGGGUACAAAACCAAAUGUCACCCUGUUCACUUUAACGAGUCAGCAAAAAGUUUCCUACUGACUGUUUUAACGCCUGCUAUUCUGCAGACUUUGAAACAAAGAUCUGUGGAGAACAGACUGAUGUGAGGCUGUAGGGGAUCUUUUGAGGGCUGCAUGUGUCAGCUGAUUUAGUGAACCCUCUGACUCAUCCCGCAAAUGAGUCAAAUUCACCUCCAACCUCGUUGCUCUGAUUUUCCUCAGUUUCUUUUGCUGAAACUGUUGCAAAAUGAGUGCUCCCUUUGUUUCAGAUUGGAACGCACCCCCUUCUCUUUAUACCACAUCCAUGCUACUUGCCCACCCUGUACACCGAAGCCCCUCCCUCUUCUAACUAAUUUGAUGACAUCAUCAUGAAGCGCCAAACUUUAUGAGAGGGCUUUAAGUGUUCAAGAGGUUACAGUUCUCAACCACAGAGAAAACACGUGACCCGUUCAGCGUGUCUUUCUUCUCACCCGUCUCACCCUGAGGUUGGGAACUUAUCAGAUCAGAGUUGUGUUGAACGCAGCAAAGUGUGACUGAAGACCGGAGAGGGUAUUCUACCUACACACACACAAACAAACACGUACACCUGAACUAGCUCUGACUUCUCUGAAUGUGAAUAUUUAUUACCUGUGCACUGAACCACGACACCUCAGAAGCUCCCUGUUGGCUACAGGUGUGCUUGCUGUGAGUGUGUGUGAAGGAGAAUGUGUGUGAGUGUGUGUGUUUGUGUGUUCACUGGUUUUAAAUGUUCAUUUCUGUCAGGGGAUGUGGUUGGGUGAAACUUUAAAAAAAGCAGAAAAAAGUAGGACGAGAAGCUAUGGCCCUCCGUUUGGGUUCCAUCUGACCGAGGAGGGAAGAGUUUAAAACCGAAAAAAUGGGAGCAAAAAGAAGAAAAGCAGUGUUUAAAAGUGACAUCAACACAUCUGAGUAAUAGAUUAAACCUGUACAUACAAUGUUAAAAAGGUGAUCACCAUACUUUUGUAUUUUGGAGAAAAAAGCUUAAAAAUCAAAGUGGGAAAAGCCGUGAGAGGAAAGAUUGCACCAAGUCACUGAAGGUCACUGCCAGAUAUCUUUUUAACGUCUUACCCUCGGCGAGAAACAUCUCCCACCAGCUCACCGACAAACAGGGACAAAUCUAUUCCACAGUGUCUGUGCUUCCAUUUUUUGUCCAGAGGUGGAGACUUCACAGUCAAACCAACCUGUGUCAAGUUUCCACCUUUUUCCAAACCAUAGAACUCGGUUCACAACCACCAAGACAUGUGAUUUAGGAUUCAUUCUUCAGCCUGCGGAUCUGUUAGGAUUCAUUUCUUUUAUUUGGUUUUUAUUGAGUUGACAAUACAGCAAGCUUUAUUUGGACGUGACAUCUGGGGACGUACUGUUGCACUAAUUGAUGAAAUAUGUGGACAACGUCCAGCUGUAAAAAAUGACCGAGAGCCUCCUGUAACACCUGAUGCAAUUCUUAAUGAAGAAAAGGUGAGGAGUGAAGGGAAGAGGAGGAG